CAGGUCAGCUUUAAAUGCAGAUGCUGUUCGCCAAAGACAGAGAGGAGGUGCAUGAUGGACCCCGUCCCACUGCUGCUCGUCAUACUCUCAUGUUUGCCGUGCGGCUCGGCAGUCUACACCGGGCCCCUCCAACCGGAGAUCUCCAAUGGCACCUUCCAUCACUUCUUUGUCCCGGACGGGGAUUACGAGGAAACGGAAGACCCAGAGGACUGCCAGAUGCUGUUUAAAUUCUCGGAUGUUUAUCCCUGUGGGGCCUCUGAAGAGAGGGACUCCGUGGUGAGGGACGACUUCAUCCUCACCAAGCUGCAGGCGGAGGACGCGGCGCGGCUGCUGGAGAGCAUCGGCCGGACCGUGGCGCAAGACCUGGACGGAGAGGACAGCUACGGCAAGUUCCUCCAGCGGGAGAUUUCCCAGAUCGGUGAGGCUUUUUCAAACGUAGACAAGUCUCUGCUGGAGCUGGAGGUGAAGUUUAAAGAAAGUCAAGAAACAGAGUUGAGAGAGGAGCAGCAGCUGAACGGCUAUGUGAUGAAGCAAGUGAGUGACAUCCGGGGAGCUCUGAGGGAAACUACAGACAUCUCCGUGGGGCUGAAAGAUAAACACGAGCUGCUGUCUCUCAUCAUCCGCAGCCAUGGCACCAGACUGAGCCGCCUGAAGACAGAGUUUCUCAAUGUUGGCUCAUAGUGAGCUUAUUGUAAGCUCAGUGUGUGUGUUUGUGUUUAUGUGUGUGAGAGACAGACCCUCCAGUUCAACAAACAAUUGGAAAGUUAUGUGGGGCUUAUGACUAAUGUCUUGAAUAUCUCUGACCUUUGGUUACAAACUCCUUGAACAUGUGACAUUGAAGGAAGCUCUAACACAAACAUCAAGGCAUUCCUCUGAGUCAGGAAGGAAAUGUGAACAUAAAUUAUACGCAUGGAGCCCUCUGUGCCACCUCUGGGGAAAACUUUUUUUUUCUAGAAGAGUAUGAUGGACGACUUUCAAGUUGGGUUAUCAGCAUCUAAAUCAAUAUUAUAAUAUUUUGUCUGAAUAGUUUAAAUAAUGUUGUGUAUAUACAACGUAACUGACAAAAUGUACAAAAUAUCUUCAUUUCCCCAUUUACUUUAAGAGAGACAACGUCUGUUUCAGUGUUUAGGGUUUGAGUAAAAAAAAUUUACUCAUACGUUACUUAUUUGUCCUGAGACACAAACUAUAAUGUAUUUUAAAAACAAUCUCCAUCCUUUGAAGCACGAGGUUUACAUAAACAGUAAAAAAAAAAAACUUUGAAAUCUGAACUUUAGAUUUUUUCUGCAGUCAUGUCACAUGUCUGUAGUUGACACUUAAAGUGGCAGACUCGACUGUCCUGUCAAGUGGCCUUGGUUAAUUGAUGUCUGAAGUCUGUCAUUGCCUCCCAUUUCCAUCUGGAAGUCAUCUGCUGGAAUAUAAAGUAUGUUUCUCCAAGGCGGGCCACUUUCGUCAUUAUCAAUUCCUUUCUCUUUCAUGAUCUAUAAAGUGUGUGGUUUAUAUGAAAUGUCUUUGUGUUGAAAUUUGGAUUGGUUUUGGAUUAUGUCACUGUACUUAACAAUAUAUUUAUAAAGGACAUGCAGUUUGUUGAAA